UAGACAGAUUUAAAAGUGAGUAGGUGAAACACAGAGUAACUCUUGAGUGCCGGUGGCUAACAAUGCAUGGAGCGGAUAGACGGUUGAAGGAGGGACGUUGGAGGUGUGGGGACACUGGGGAGAUUGGGAUGACAGACAUUCCAAUGUCCUCACAUCUGUGGAUCUGGCGAGGGAGGAGGGGGGGCCGGAUCUGGAUAAGGGUGGCAGGGAAUGGCAGAGAAGAGAAAAUAAUUUGAGAUUCGUUUUGAUCAAUUUGCCUAAAUUGGCUCUUUUUUCGGUGGGAUGAGGGGGGCCCAGUCAAGCGACUUCAGGCUGGAGCUCCGCCAGGGUUUCUCGGGAAAGUUGCCACGCCGGGAGUGCGGGAGCACGGAGAGGGAGAGGAAUGGAAGAGAAGAAACCCAGGCGAGACUUGGCAGGGUUCUGUCGCAGCUCUCUUUGUCUGUUUGCUCAGCUUUUGCGCAAAGGAAAUCAAAAAUACCCCGAGUGCAGGAGCUCAGCUUCAGUGCUAAAAAACAAAAUCUAAAAAGAAAACUGGAUUAUAUUUCGCGGAAACCUAGGGCAAAGGGGGGCACACAUUGUAAUCAAUAAGCCGUUUUUGGACAAUUCUGGAAGAAUUGUGCAGUCCCCGUUUUUUUGGACUGGACUUUUGAAGUUGUUUACAGCAAGAGAUGGCCAUGCAUCUUGAGGGGUUUUUAUCUUAACCGCAAAUGAAGAUGUAUCUGACUUGUUUAUGUUCUCAUGAAUGGCUUUACUAUGCCUGGAACUACAAAUGGCCAGUGCCAAAGAAAAGUUUGCACCUCUACGACCGGACUGCAAAGUUUUGUUUUUACUUUCAGAACUUCUAAAACUAAGGGCCAGAAGAUGCUUUGUCCCUGAGUGGAAAUUAAUGUUUUUUUUUCUUGGAAGAAGAAGCUAGGUGUCUUCAGCAACAGUCUUCUUUCUUUGAGGAGUGUCUCCAGAAAACCAAGAUCAUAUUCCAAGGCUGUUUGCAUUUGAAUAUGUUUAGAUCAAUCAGGGCAUAAAGAGACUUCAGUCUUCUAACUAUUAGGGAAUGUGAUGCUCUACAAGAAGGAGAUGAAUUGUUAGUCAGCCAUUUUGAUGUCAACAAACGUCAGGAGUACAAAGAAGGCCUGGAUGUUGAUUUUCUUAACUUCUCUAAGCACGACGUGAAUGGUAACAGGACAGUGCCGCCAUUCCCAGAGGGAUUGCAGAUGGUCUUAUUCGGUAUGGGCUGUUUCUGGGGAGCGGAGAGGAAGUUCUGGAGGCAAAAUGGGGUCUAUUCCACUCAAGUGGGCUACUCUGGCGGUUACACCCCAAACCCCACCUGUGAAGAGGUGUGCACAGGUAAAACAGGACACACAGAGGUGGUUCGCGUGGUCUAUGAGCCUGAGAAAAUCAACUUUGCACAGUUGCUGAAGGUAUUUUGGGAAAGCCACGAUCCUACACAAGGAAUGCGACAAGGGAACGAUGUUGGGACGACCUAUCGAUCAAGCAUCUACGCUUACACACAGGAACAGCUUGACCAGGCAUUGCGCUCCAAAGAUGAAUAUCAGAAGGUGCUGACUGAAGAGGGCUUUGGAGCCAUCACCACAGAAAUAGCAAUGACUAAGGAAUUUUACUAUGCAGAAGACUAUCACCAGCAAUACCUCAGCAAGAACCCCAAUGGCUACUGUGGACUGGGCGGCACCGGGGUCUCCUGCCCAAUAGAACUGAAGAGUAAAAAUUAACAGUGCUUCUCCUGUCUUGUGACUGAACUAAUUUAAAGUGCUGCUUGAAAGUUUAUGAACCAUUUAGAAUUUUCUAUAUUUCCGCAUAAAUAUGACUCAAAACAUAAUCAAAAUUUCAGUCAAGUCCUGAAUGUAGACAAAGAGAACUCAAAGAAACAACUGAGACAUUUAUUUACUGAGUAAAAUGAUCCAGUGUUACAUAUCUGUGAGUGUCAAAAGUAUGUGAAUCUUUGCUUUCAGUAUCUGGUCUGACCCACUUUUGCAACAAUAACUGCAGGUAAUGUUUCUUGUACCUGCUGAUCAGUCCUGCACAACAUAUUGAAGGACUUUUAGCUCGUUCCUCAGUACAGAACCACUUCAACUCUGUGAUGUUGGUGGUUUUCCUCAUAUGAACUGUUUGCUUCCGUUCCUUCCACAAAAUUUCAAUUGGAUUAAGGUUCGGAUUUUGACUCCAAAAACAUUAACUUUGUUCUUUAUUUAAUUUUUUGGUAGAACAACUUGUGUGCUUGGGGUCGUUGUCUUGCUGCAUGACCCACUUUCUCUUGAGAUUCAGUUCUUGGGACAGAUGUCCUGACAUUUUCCUUCAGAAUUUGCUGGUAUAAUUCAGAAAUCAUUGUUCCAUCAAUAAUAACAAGCCAUCCUGGACCAGAUGCAGGCCCAAACCUUGAUACUACCACCACCAUGUUUCACAGAUGGGAUAAGGUUCUUAUGCUGUUUUCUUUCUCUAAACAUAAUGCUGCUUAUUUAAACCAAAAUUGUAUAUUUUGGUCUAAUCCAUCCACAAAACGUUGUUCAGUGUUCUCCUGAUGAUGGGCUCAUAAACAUUAACAAUAGCCAAUGUGAGUAAGGCCUUUUAGUUGCUAAGAAGUUAGCCUGCAGUUCUUUGAAACCUAGUGGACUUUUACACGUCUAGCUUUUAGGGUGAUCUUUAUUGGUGGACCACUCCUGGGAAAGGUAACAGUGGUCUUGAAUUUCCUCCAUUUGUACAAAAUCUGUCCGUCUGAGGAUUGGUGGAGUCCAAACUCUUCAGAAAUAGUUUUGAAACCUUUUCUAGCCUGAUGAACGACACCAACUGUUUUUCUGAGGUCCUCAGCUCAGAGAUCUCAUUUGUUUGUGUCAUGAUACACUUCCACAAACAUGAUCAAACUUGAUAGAUCCCAGCCAGGGCACACAAUGACACCUGAUAGUCAUCUUACUGAUUGAAAACACCUCUGAACAGAUGGACUCUAAUUUCACCAUCAAAUUAACAGCUAAUCCUAGAGAUUCACAUACGUUUACUGCUAACAGAUAUUAAUUAUUGGAUAAUUUUCCUAAAUAAAUAAAUUACAAAGUAUAUAUUUUCGUCUCAUUUGUUUGUGUUCUCUUUGUCAACUGUCAUAACUUGCCUGUAUAUCUGAUGACUUUUGAGGUUAUAUUUAAGCAGAAAUAUAGACAAUUCUAGAAGGUUCACAAAUUCUCAAGCAUCAGUGUAUAUUAACUUGCCUUAACUAAAGCAUUCACCACUGCUAUACCCAGGCCUACAUGAUAUUACUGUUGGAUAUAAAUAAAAAACUUAUAAUACAA